CAUAAUUAUAACCCUUUUUCAUCAAUACGUUAUAUAUUCAAACCCAUUCCUUCAAUUUCACUCUCCUCCUCCCUUUCUUGAUUCCCCCAACCCCAUUCUCGUUGGAUCUAUCUUUUCAAGUUCUCUUUUUAUUUAUUUUUUACCAGAAAGUUACAGUGAAUUUCAUGUGUUAAAAAGGAGAGAUUUUUAUAGCUUCUGUUUGAAGAAAUCUGAGAGACGGGUAGAUCUAAAGAACCCCCAAAUAGUAUUUAAAGGAGUUUCAGAUCUCCUGCUUUGUCAUCUCUCUCUUAAUAUCUCAGAAGAAGAAAAAAAGAUCUACUGUUUUCUUCCUUCAUCUCUGUUAAGUCAAAGAUUUCAGAUCAAGAAACGAAAAUGGUGAAGAUCUGUUGUAUCGGAGCUGGUUACGUUGGUGGCCCUACCAUGGCUGUGAUUGCACUCAAGUGCCCACAUAUCGAAGUUGUUGUUGUUGACAUUUCCGUUCCAAGGAUCACAGCCUGGAACAGUGAUCAGCUUCCAAUCUACGAACCAGGUUUGGAGGACAUAGUGAAGCAAUGCAGAGGAAAGAACCUCUUCUUCAGUACAGAUGUUGAGAAACAUGUAGCAGAGGCAGAUAUCAUCUUUGUCUCAGUUAACACCCCUACCAAAACUCGUGGUCUUGGAGCAGGCAAAGCUGCUGAUCUGACAUACUGGGAAAGUGCUGCUCGUAUGAUCGCCGAUGUGUCAAAGUCCAACAAAAUUGUGGUUGAGAAAUCAACUGUCCCGGUUAAAACAGCUGAGGCCAUUGAGAAAAUUUUGACUCACAACAGCAAAGGGAUUGAAUAUCACAUUCUUUCAAACCCAGAGUUUCUUGCCGAGGGAACUGCAAUUGAUGAUCUUUUCAAGCCUGAUAGGGUUCUCAUUGGAGGACGGGAGACCCCAGGAGGACAAAAGGCAAUUCAAGCUUUGAAAGAGGUGUAUGCCAAUUGGGUGCCAGAGGACAGAAUCAUUUGCACCAACCUUUGGUCGGCUGAGCUUUCCAAGCUUGCUGCCAAUGCAUUCUUAGCUCAGAGGAUUUCAUCUGUUAAUGCUAUGUCAGCUCUCUGUGAAGCAACUGGUGCAGAUGUAGCAGAGGUUGCCCAUGCUAUUGGGAGGGACAGCAGAAUUGGACCCAAGUUCUUGAAUUCCAGUGUUGGUUUUGGAGGAUCGUGUUUCCAGAAAGAUAUUCUCAAUCUUGUUUACAUCUGUGAGUGCAACGGCCUACCUGAAGUAGCAACCUACUGGAAACAGGUUAUCAAGAUCAACGAUUAUCAGAAGAGCCGAUUCGUGAACAGGGUUGUUUCCUCAAUGUUCAACACUGUGUCUGGGAAAAAAGUUGCUGUACUUGGAUUCGCCUUCAAGAAGGACACUGGUGAUACAAGAGAGACACCUGCAAUUGAUGUGUGCAAUGGACUUCUUGGGGACAAAGCCCUUGUCAGCAUUUACGAUCCACAGGUGACUGAAGAACAGAUUCAGAGGGACCUUUCAAUGAAGAAGUUCGACUGGGAUCACCCAAUUCACCUACAGCCAAUGAGCCCCACUGCUGUGAAGCAAGUGAGCGUCGUCUGGGACGCUUAUGAAGCCACGAAAGAUUCCCAUGCUAUCUGUAUCCUAACUGAAUGGGAUGAAUUCAAGAACCUCGACUACAAGAGAAUUUACGACAACAUGCAGAAACCCGCCUUCUUAUUUGAUGGACGUAACAUCGUGGACGCAGAGAAGCUCAGAGAGAUUGGUUUCAUUGUGUACUGUAUCGGUAAGCCUCUUGAUGGUUGGUUGAAGGACAUGCCUGCUGUGGCAUAAGAAAAACAACGAUAGAUUGGAAGAAGAAAGAAGGCGUAAAGAAAGAUUGGAAGGAGGAUACUACUGUUGGGAGGUAAAAUUUGCUGUUUUCUAAUUUUGAAUUGCAUUUUAGAUAUUUGUAUCUGUUGUUUAGUUUUGGGAUUUACUUUAUUUACUUUCCUAUAUUUACCUGAAGGUAGGAAAGUGGAGUAAUCUGUUUUUUUGCUUUACCAGUAAUAAGAAUAACAUAUGUGAUGAUAAAGGAAAGAAAAAAGAAAAAAAAUAUAGUCUCGUCCUGCGAUUGUUGUUUAUUUUAGCUUACAAUGAGAUAAAAUUUAUAAAUGAGAAUUCUUCCUUUAGUGUUUUA